CUCACAGAUCUUUUGGCGCCUCUCAUUCUGUUUUUGGCCUCUCAUUUGCUUGGAUCCGCGUCGCUCUGGGAUCCAUUAGACUCUCAGAUUCUGCCGGACAUUUGUUUAUUUGAUAUUCACAGAAUCAAAGAUAAACAUACACAGCAGAAACCACAGCCACAGCCACAUCAUGCAUAGCGUCCGUCGGUGGAAUAUCAAGCGUUUCUCGCUGCUCCUCACCACCGCCCUAUUGCUGUACGUCUUUGUGCUCUCCAGCGGCUAUCAGAAAUACCAGAUCGAGGGCAUUAUCGGCAAGACGAGACCGGAAAAGGUCUGGGAGUAUGUGGCCGACUUUAACAAAAUGCGUCUGCUCAAUCCUACAAUCAUCAACUUCAAGAUCCUCUCCGAUCAUGGCCACGCCCAUGAUUGGCGCUACACGGUGGAGUACACGGAGCGACUCUCCCACUGGCCCUACUGGCUGAACACGGCCACGGCCAAGUAUGUGGUGACCAAAACGAAGCCAGGGAUCACACCCGUGGCCUAUGGCAUUCAGUCGACUCACGAGACCUGCUUCUUCAGUGGCUUCUACUGCUUGCACUCUUUGAGUGAGUUUAGCUUCAGUGCCUCCAAUGAAGACACCUUGGCCCUGGAGCGGAUCCAGUACCAGUGUCCACCGCUUCUGGGCAGCGUGUGUCGGCGGGAGCUGGAGUAUCAGCGCCAGGCGGUCAUGCACAAUCUCACACACAUAUUCAGCAAACAGCGGAUCUGAGGGCCCCAUUCAGAAAACGGAUGUGCUUGGAAGAAAUGAAAAUUUAUAUUCCACUAAAUUGGCUAGUUAAUCGGCUCGCUUAAUGUUUUACAGUUAACAUUAUACCAUUUUGAUAUUUCUAGAUAGAA